AUGCUCGAGGACGCCGGCGUUGACUACGCCUACGUCUCGGCCACCAACUGGCCCGCCCUCAAGCAGCAGCUCGGCGACAAGCUGGCCUUUGGUCAGAUCCCGCUCUACGAGGAUCCUGACGUGCGGCUCGUGCAGAGCGGUUCGAUUGCGCGCUACCUGGCCCGCAAGCACGGCUACAACGGAGCCAACGAGGCCGAGGCCGCGCGCGUGGACGUGGCCUACGAGGGCGCCAACGACUUCCUGGGUACCCUCCUCGGCUACACCCUGGGCACCCCCGACGACCAGAAGCCCGCCGCCCUGCGCAACCUCCUCAGCAACCAGGCGCCCACUCAGUUCCAGUUCUUCACCGCCCUCCUCGAGAAGAACGGCCGUAACGGCUACCUCGUCGGCAACAAGAUGAGCUAUGCCGAUUUUGCGCUGUACAAUGCGCUCAACACGCUGGUGUCGCUGCCAGGCGGCCCAGCCCUGCUGGCCACCUUCCCGCUGGUCAAGCAGCUCCACCAAACCGUCGGCCAGUGCCCCCGCGUCAAGGCCUACGCCGCUCGCAACGUCUACGCCCCCAAGAAGGCCGCCCUCUAA